ACCAUUUCUCCUUCUGUCACAACCAAUGGCAACCGUCGCUAAAACCCAACCAGAUUACACUGAUCAUUCUCCAAUAUCAAAAAUAAUGUCACAAAAUUGGUUUUCCAACAAAACAGGAAUGUACACCAGCCAACACACUAACAUAAAUCUCCCAACAGACCCUUUUCUUGACAUUGUGUCACACAUUUUUUCACAUAAACACAAUGGCAAAACAGCCCUCAUUGAUCCUGUUUCCGGGUUUUCGAUAUCGUAUCAAGAACUCGAACCUUUAGUUAAAUCUUUGGCCAAUGGACUUCAUUACCAUAUGGGUGUUAAGAAAGGUGAUGUUGUUUUGAUACUUUUGUCGAAUUCGGUAUAUUAUCCAGUUGUUUUGUUAAGUGUUCUGUAUCUUGGUGCUGUUGUGACUACUAUGAAUCCUUUUAGUAGUUUUUCUGAGAUAAAAAAACAAACACUUGGUUUGCAUGUUAAUGUUGCAUUUAGUUUUCUUGAUAGAGGUCAUGAGUUGGACUCGUUGGGAAUUCGUCCUGUUUUUGUGCCUGAAAAUGGCGAGUUUGAUGUGAAAAAGGACAUGUUUUCGACGUUUUAUAAGCUUGUUUCGUGCAAAGAUGAUUUGAUAAAAAGUCAAAAUGUUAUUAGGCAAGAUGAUACUGCAGCGAUAUUGUAUUCGUCUGGGACAACUGGUGCUAGUAAAGGUGUGGUGUUAACACAUAGGAAUUUGAUAUCCGGGGUCGAGUUAUUUGUUCGGUUUGAAGCUUUUCAGUAUGAGGAUUUACCUGAAGAGAAUGUUUAUUUGGCUGUUGUACCAAUGUUUCAUAUAUAUGGGAUGAUACUUUUUACUUUGGGGAUUUUGUCACUGGGUACUAAAAUUGUGGUCGUGAAGAGCUUUAGUAUCGAUGAGAUGGUCCGUUGUAUUGAUAGAUAUGGGGUGACUCAUUUUCCGGGUGUGCCACCAUUGGUGACCGCCUUGACUAGGGCCCGAAAGUGUGCUUCUGGCAGAAAUUUAAACAGUUUAAAACAGGUCUCUUGUGGUGCUGCUCCUUUGAGCACCAGAACUAUUGAGGAGUUUAUGCAUUAUUUUCCGCACGUUGAUUUCGUUCAGGGUUAUGGUAUGAGUGAGUCGUCUGCUGUUGGAACACGUGGAUUCAACACUCGAGAUGUGCACAAUUAUGCAUCUGCUGGACUAUUGGCUCCAAACAUGCAAGCCAAAGUGGUGGAUUGGGUUACUGGUUUGUAUCUGCCUCCUGGAAAGACUGGUGAACUUUGGUUACGUGGGCCGGCUAUAAUGAAAGAAUACUUGAACAACGUGGAGGCAACCUCAUCGACUAUCGACAAGGAUGGUUGGCUACAUACAGGAGACAUUGUUUAUUUUGACAAAGACGGGUAUUUGCAUAUUGUUGAUCGUGUUAAGGAGAUAAUAAAGUAUAAAGGUUUUCAGAUUGCUCCUGCUGAUUUAGAGGAUGUGCUAGCAUCUCAUCCAGCCAUACUUGAUGCAGCAGUAACAGGAGCACGGGACGAGGAAGCCGGAGAAGUACCAGUAGCAUUUGUAAUGACAAAGCCAGGAGCUGAAGUUUCUGAGUCGAGUAUAAUCAAAUUUGUAGCAAAACAGGUGGCACCGUACAAGAAGGUGAGAAGAGUGAUUUUCACGAAUGUGAUACCAAGGUCUGCCGCUGGAAAGAUUCUACGAAGGCAGUUAAAAGACAAAUUAUAUUCAAGACUUUGAUAUGUUCUUAUCUCUUUAAUCAGUAAAAACCAAGGCCCACAUUAUCUGGUAACUGUUUUGAUUUGUGCAGCAUACUUGUGUUUACAUAAUACAGUCUUUAAGAACUCACUUGAGUUAGGCAUAUUGAUAGUGUUAGAGUGAGGCUCGGGUUUGAAUCAUUACAGUUUUAUUACCCAUAGAAUUGGGUUACACUCCUCUGAAAGGGAAAUUUGUAAGGCAAGGUAGUCGAUACCACACAAUAAAUAAAGAAAACUCACUUCACGUUUUUCUUAA